AACGGACACACAGUUUAAACCAACGGAACUGAAUUCGUGAAUAUUUAUAGCCUCGCGGGGAUUUAGUCUGCAGUUUAAUUCACAGAGCUGGAGCAUUUGUGAUUGACCCGCGUGAUAUGAAGAGUUUGAACACACAGCUGAUUGAACAUAAUGAGGAGAGAGAAGUAUUGAGUGAAUCUGAAAAUAAAAAUCAUGUCAGAUACGGAGAAAAACCCAAACAGAAAGAAUUAAAGAAAAGGAAGAAGAAGAAAUCUUUCCCCUGCACUCAGUGUGGAAAGAGUUUCACAAGCAAAUCUCUUCUCAAGCUACACAUGAACAUCCAAAAUGGAGAGAAAACGUUCACUUGUGAUCAGUGCGGGAAGAGUUUCACAAGUAAAGCUCUUCUCAAGCUACACAUGAGAGUUCAUACUGGAGAGAAACCGUUCACUUGUAAUCUGUGCGGGAAGAGUUUCACAUGGUCAUCAAACCUUAUGACACACAUGAACAUCCACACUGGAGAGAAACCACACACAUGUGAUCAAUGCGGGAAGAGUUUCUCACAAUCAUCAUCUCUUAAGGUACACAUGAACAUCCACACUGGAGAGAAACCACACACAUGUGAUCAAUGCGGGAAGAGUUUCACACGGUCAUCAAACCUUAUGACACACAUGAACAUCCACACUGGAGAGAAACCACACACAUGUGAUCAAUGCGGGAAAACAUUUUUGUGGUCUUCAAACCUGACAAAACACCUGAAACUUCAUGCGAAGGAGAAGCCACAUUCAUGUCAUUUGUGUGGAAAGAGUUUUCGAUUAAAAGAAUAUUUGAAAGCUCAUCAGAAAAAACAUACUGGUGUGAGAGAGUACAUGUGCUUUGAGUGUGAAAGGACUUUUAUUUCAGCGAGCCAUUUAAAACUGCAUGAGAAGAAUCACAGUGGAGAGAAACCUUACAAGUGUUCACACUGUGACAAGAGAUUCAUUGUUUCAUCAAGUCUAAAAACACAUGAGAUGAUCCACACUGGAGAGAAACCUUUUAAGUGUUCACACUGUGACGAGAGAUUCAUUCAGUCAGGAAACCUGAAAACACAUGAGAUGAUCCACACUGGAGAGAAACCUUACAAGUGUUCACACUGUGAAAAGAGAUUCAGUGUGUCAUCACAUCUAAAAACACACGAGAUGAUCCACACUGGAGAGAAACCUUACAAGUGUUCACACUGUGACAAGAGAUUCAGUGUGUCAUCACAUCUAAAAAGACACGAGAGGAUCCACACUGGAGAGAAACCUUACAAGUGUUCACACUGUGACAAGAGAUUCAGUGUGUCAUCACAUCUAAAAACACAUGAGAGGAUCCACACUGGAGAGAAACCUUACAAGUGUUCACACUGUGAUGACCGAUUCAGUCGAUCAGGAUACCUGAAAACACACGAGAGGAUCCACACUGGAGAGAAACCUUACAAGUGUUCACACUGUGACGAGAGAUUCAGUGUGUCAUCAAGUCUAAAAAGACACAAGAGGAUCCACACUGGAGAGAAACCGUAUCACUGCACUGCAUGUGGGAAGUGUUUCAAACAUUCAUCUUCUCUACACAAUCAUACAAAAAACAAACACAGUUAGUAGAUCAUCUUCAGAUCUGAUGCUGCUUCCUCACCAAAUGUGACACAAUAAUGGAUCAAGCUGUGAAAUAUCAUCUGGAUAAAUCAUUACCAGUGACAAGACAAAGAAACAUUAUCUGAAGUUUUCUCAGUGAAUUAAGUUCAUCUUCAAAACCAGAAGAUUCAACCGAUUCAGAUCAACUCAAAGAUAAAUUUUCUCCCCAAAGAACAAUGUCACAAAGGUUUAUUAUUGUACAUCAUUUUGCUUCAUGAUAUAAAUGAUAUCCCAUGGGGCGGGUUACGGAAAAUUUCUUAUCUCAGUUCUCAACUUAAGAUAUAUGUUAAAUUAGGAUUUGUUUCAAAUUCGUAUUACAGAAGCAAAUCUUAACUUGAUUUAGGAUUAUUAUCCUAUCUUACAAAGUCGUAUCUUAUCUCUAGUUAGGAAACACUGUGCGAGCUGCUGAUGAGGGAAACAGAAUAACAGAAGCUACUUCAAUUUGGCAAAGAAAAGUAAAGACAUUAGUCAAUGGAAGAGUCUUUUCUGAAGUAGCUUUUGUCCUGAAUGUUGUCCUAACUGAAAUGAUCAUGGUUAUCAAUCAGAUUAGAUAAUAUUUUAAAGUUAGGAUCUUUCUGUUACUAUGGAAUCCUGGAUACCUUUACCAGACCAGAUGAACUUUACGACCCAAUGGCAUGUUGAGAGUCCUCCCUCUCACUACCUUUCCCCAUAGGAGACACCCAUAAUGCCCAUAAAAGACUCUUCUCUAGUUAAUUCAUAGGAAAAAACACUUUCUCUGUGUAAUGAUUCAACCUUCGUAAUCAUCGGGAAGAAGGAGGCAGGAACCGGCGGACAAACAAAUGAUAUUUUAAUAAUUCAAAAUAAACACAAAACCGCGCACCAGCCCCUCACGGACGACGGAUGCGCGCAAAUAAAAAGCAAAACAUAAACUAAAAUCCCAGGCCUGGUCCUCUCUCGUCCUUUACUAUCGUCGCUCCAGUUUUAUAUCCUACCAUCUCCUACGUGUGACUCAAGACCUGCGGUGGGUCGCAGGUGUUGCUGAUUUCCCAAUCAUUCCGCCGGCCUCACUCCUUGUUCCCACAUCCCUCGGCCCCGUCCCACUCGCCACACUCUGAAAGAACACGCAUAUCGCCAGGUCACUGUGUAUAUUAUUACUGUUCUCGUAUAUUGUCUUUUGUAUUGUAUACUGUUUUAUGCAUGCAUUAUGAUAGAUCACUAAUUAAAAUAACAUCAUCUAUACCAUGUUUGGUCUCUUUGAAUUUGUGUUUUGAUGAUCUAAUUGAGAGUGUACAUAUGUUGAUACCUACACUACAUGAUAAUGCUCUGAGAAUCUUUAGUAGUUCUGCAUCAACACCCAAUGCCAUUAAAUAUACAAAAUACCAUGCUGCGACGACAAAGAGUCGUAAACUUUCCCUCCGAAAGUGUAGAUCUCUAUUGGUUAAGAAAUGUGUUAGACUAGUUUGUGUUAGUGUUUAGUUAAUAAAACUCUUGUGCACAGAUUA